UUUAUAUUACGGUUUGUUUUUUUCAUUUUGGAAAUGAAUGAAAUUUCCAAUGAAUCGUGCGAACAUGAAGUUGACUCUUAUUUUUUUAUCGGUUGGUGUUUGCAUGGCGAAGAAAGGCGUUAUGUUCGAGACAGCAGAAAUUCCAUUCAUGGAUCCAAAGUAUGGAACAGCCACUUGUUAUUCGAAUAAAUACAAUGCUACCACAUUCUUGGUAAACGCGAGAGUGAAUUUCACCACAGAUCUUCCACUUGAUUCUGUUGUCGCCGUGGAUAUUUACAAACUUUCUGACAACACAUAUAAGAAAACUGCGUUGUCGAUGAAGAAAAAAAUAUGUCAGUUUCUAGACUCGGGGGAAUAUAGAAUUAUGUGGUCCUCCUAUAUGGAUGAAAGGUUCAAUAUCCCCAAGAAAUGUCCCAUCUCCAAAGGGUACUACAUGGCUAAAGACAUCGAUCCAAAUCGUCUGGUAGCAAAUGAACUCUUCAAUUUUCUACCAUCUUGGAGUAUCAAAGUUGAAGUAGCAAUAACCAGCAAGAAUGAACCCAUAAUGAACAUGAAAUUCCGUUUCAAAGUGGUAGAUGCCUACUAA